AUGGAAGUCGACGAGCAAGGAAAGAAAUUCGAAAUCGUCAAAAUCGAAACUGAAGCUCAAACCUCAGAUCCGUCCGAGCAAAGAAUCAAAAUCGUCUUCAAAGCAAAUGAGAAAGAAAUUUUUCUGCGAAAUUUGAAACAUCAAGUCAAGGACAGCCAAAUUAUCGUCAUUGGAAAUUCGGGAUGUGAAGCGACUGUAGAACCGGAUAGAAAUCAGUCCAGCAGAUCUAUUAUUCGAAUAAAGUUCAAAAAUAUUCCCUCCGAAGAAAUCACGAUCGAAUUCUAUUGCCUCUGUGCGAAUUUCAACAACGUCAAAAACCUCUUCGACUCCAUCGAAGACCAUGAUUCAACGAAGAUCGAUUUCAAAUCUAAAGAUAUGUACCUGAAAGCGUGGCCAACUCAUCGUCCAGAUUUGUACAUACGAAAGAAACCGAAACCGAAUCAAGUGGAGAUAUCGAUCAAAGUGAUGAGGAAGAUUUCAACUGGGCAAGGCAUGCGGCAUCAGGAAGGGCAGAGCCCAGUUACUGUCAUCGCCGACAAAGACUUCACCCUUCACCACAUUCUCGAAUACGUCCGACACAAGAACGAGAACUCAACUCCGCGCGACAAGUUUAUCUGGGGAACACCCAAAAAUCGCGGGCAGCAGUACGAAACAAGCAUAAAACUGGGCGAUCUCGUUGUCAAAACUGGCGGUACUCCUUUUGUAAUGAUGCCACCGCAGCAAACUCUUCAAUCGCGGUCUCCAAUGACUGGCAAUCCAGCUGGAAAUAUGCAAGACAGGAACUGUUUGAAAUUUUACAUAUACGUCUCCGACUCCUGGGUCGUCAAGAUCUAA